AUGGAACAUCAAGAUUUUUAUAACUUGUUUGCGGGGAGCGGCAUGUCGGUUACGCAAAGUCCGGCGAGUAUAGUUCAGAACGUUAACAUGGAGAAUGAAUUAGGGACGAUGCAAAAGCCUCCGAAGCUCAUGAGUUUGGAUGAAUAUGCGGGCAUUGGGAGUUUGACAGAAUCUGAACAGAUUGACUUCAAGGUUGAAAAGAAGAUGGUGAGCAUUCUGCAACAGGCCAUCAAAGAAGAUAUUCUUGUUUUACUACAACAUGAAGAUAAUUCGCAGUCGAUGUGGCAAGCGUUGAAGCUGAAAUUCCAAGGCAGUGUUUCAAUGAUUAAAAGCAAGAAGGCUUUAAUCAAGAAGGAAUUCGACAUUUUUACCGGGAUUAAAGGAGAAAUGACAAAGCAGUUAAUCGAAAGAUACUGUCAUCUUGUAGUGGAAAUGAAGCGGUUAGAGAUCACCAAAACAAAUGAAGAAUGGAUUGAUAAACUAUGUGAUGCACAUCCGUAUGAUGAGUGGGGCACAUAUCUAACGAUGUUGAAGAAUAAUUCUGAUUUUUGCAAUAUUGCGGAAAACAUAAAGAAUGGAAACGAGAUAACUGAAACAGCCGCAAAACAGAACAUAGCACUGCUUGCUUCCGUUCUUGAGGCUUAUGAGGGCUUAGUCGCAGGGAGGAUCGGUAAUCCUGACAUGACGAAGGAGGAUUACGACCAAAUCGAUCCCGAAGAACUUGAAUUGAUCGACAUCAAAUGGUGCAUGGCGAUUUUGGUGCGUAGGGCUCAACAUUUCAUGGAAAUUACAGGCCGGAACAGUCUAUCAGGCCCCGAUCAAAAGUUAGGGCAAGCGAUCUAUCACCGACCAAAUCAACAGCCAACUGUUCAGAGGCCACAGAUUGAAAAUAAACCGGAAAAGGCGCUGAUCGUGAAUCAAGACGACGAAAAGGUUGCUGCAGGUUACUUUGAAGAACCAAGGACUGGAUCAUGCCCAAGGUUUGAAGAGAAGAAAGAAGUCGUUGAAGAAUUGAUCGAUGUGUCGAAAGAAAUGACUGGAGAAGCUUUGAAAGACAUAGCUGACAAAGCUCUAAUGGGAAAACUCAAAGGGGUAGACUCAGAAUCCGAGGAGUCAAAGUCUGUUAGUAGUGUGUCUGUCAAACGAGAGGAAUCUGGAGUUCAGGAGAUCAAAUCAGUCGAACUGUCUGAGUCUGAGUCAAACAAUGUCGGUAAAACUGAUUAUGUAGAGCAGAAAUAUCCAGAUGGGGUGGAAGCAGCUUUGAAUCUCAAAUUGAGAUCGAUAGAAGAUGAUUUGCCUGAGAACAUAGAUAUCACAUUUUCCACAUCCGAUACCGACAAUGAAUCUCAGGUUAUCAAAACAGUUGUCGAUCAGGUGUUGGAUGAGGAGAGUGAGAAAUCUGAAAAAGCUCUAUCUGAGAAGGUUGUUGGUGAUUCUGAAGAGGAAGGGAAUUUCUUAGAUCAAUACAUACCGAAAUCGAAAAAGAGUGUGAAUGAUGAUCCGAUCAUGGUGUCAAAACCGUCGGUUGAGUUCAAAAAGAGGGAGAAUGCUUUGAAAAUUGAUUCAAACAUUUUUAAAGAUGACAUUGUUGAGUUUGAAAAUGAAGUUGAUAAGUUUCUUGAUGAAUUUCCACCGAUAAUUAACAAAGUUAAAACGAUACUGAAAGAAGAGGUUCCAUAUGUCACAUUUGAUUUUCCGAAAACAAAUGAGAAGUGUGAUGUUGUGUUCGGAAGUGUGUCGGAAGGGCUGCCCAAGUCUGUACUAUCAAAGUGGAUUAUGGAUAGCGGCGCUUCAAGGCAUAUGACUGGGACACUUGCUCUACUCUAUGAUGUCAAAUCCAUAAACGGAAAUUGUGUUGGAUUUGCCGGGAAUCAAGGUGGAAGGAUCGUUGGUCAAGGAACGCUGUCAAAUGGCGUGAUUUCGUUUGACAAAGUGAACUAG